CAUUGAAGAAAUGGGAGCUCCAAUGAAGCACAUCUCCUUUCUUGUGCUUCUUAUGAUAUUUCUAGGACCUGAUGGGAAGCGUGGGGUUCAUGGAGCUGGUGAUCAUCAAUGUGGGAAAUCCUCCAUUGACAAUGAGGUUACUAAGCUGGCUCCCUGUACAUUGGCAGCGCAUGAUGAGAAAGCUGAAGUUUCAGAUAAGUGCUGCACUGUGGUGAAAAAUGUUGACGUGAGUUGCCUCUGCGCCAUUUUGCUUUCUGAUAUAGCUAAGAGUUCUAGGAUCAACCCAGUAGUUGCAGUCACCAUACCCAAACGCUGCAACAUUGCUAAUCGUGCUGUGGGUUACAAGUGUGGAGCUUAUACAUUGCCUUGAUGACUGAAGACCAUCAGCCGGAGUUGCUGCAGAUGUGCUGUUGCUUGUUUGUUUGCAAUGUUGUUGAGUAUUCACUGUUAGUCGUACGUACGUACCAGUGUGUCUGGAGACUGUAUCCUUGUAGCUUGUUCUUCAUGAGUGCCAGCUAAUUAUAAGUUUACUGUUAUCUCCAUCACCUGAGGAAUUAAUAAAUAAAUUCUUGGUGUU